UCAGCUCCUCUCUGCGCCCUCCAGCGGCCCCGCCACGUCACCGGACUCCGGGAAGAUGGCGUUCACCCUGUACACCCUGCUACAGGCCGCCCUGCUCUGUGUCAAUGCCAUCGCCGUACUACAUGAGGAGAGGUUCCUGAGCAAGAUUGGCUGGGGAGCAGACCACGGGAUUGGUGGAUUUGGCGAGGAGCCGGGAAUCAAGUCGCAGAUGAUGAACCUUGUGCGCUCGGUACGGACAGUCAUGAGAGUUCCGCUAAUCAUUGUGAACUCGAUAACGAUCGUGCUACUUCUAUUGUUCGGUUAGAUGCAUGCUAAGCAGAAAUGAGGAAAGCACAUGACCAGAAGACCAACUGAUGCCGAUUGUUUACUGUAUAUGAAGAGAAGACGCGGAACGUUUGACAAAGCCCUACUGCAGAUGAUCUACCAGUGUGAGGAGAAUCUUCUAUGAACACGUGGAACGUCUGUCACCAGUAUGCACCCCGCCUCACACACUGGCAGGCUCCAAUGAAAGGACUUUUUACCCAAAGGACACAUUGACGCAAGAAGCAUGUCGUAGAGCAGGGUUCUCAAACUGGCAGCUCCCUCCAGCUGUUUCGAAACUAUAAGUCCCAUCAUGCCUCUGCCUGUGGGAGUCAUGCUUGUAACUGUCAGCCUUGCAAUGCCUCAUGGGACUUGUAGUUUCGCAACAGCUGGAGGGUUACCAGUUUGAGACCCCUGUCGUAGGAUGUUCUACCACAAGAUGGAUCUAAUCAUUCAUGUUUGCAUCCCCAAGUCUUUAGUACAUUAAAUAAAACCAGCUCACCACACCUUACCCGUAUCACUUCUACCCCUGCCUACGUUAUAAUUUAUACAUCUUAUAAAACGGAGGACCUUCCACCCAGACUUCCAGUACGCGAGGAUCUUGCUGUCACAGAAAAGCAAACAAAAUAUCCUAAUAAAGCAAGACUCCUAAGCAGAAAGGACAUGGUAUCAUAGCAAAGGUGUGGUGGUGUAAAGCCCCGCCCCUUUUCGCACCUAUGCCCCACCCCCUUCUGCAGAACACUGCCACUGCACAUAUGUAGGAAAGCCUGACGUUCUGCCUGCAGGAGGCAGGAACAACCCUUCAUACAUCGGCUGUAAGCUGCUCCUUUGUGUGACAUUCACCUGAAUGAUUGAUUUAUUUUGUAAGCCCUGUGAUCUUUGUACUGAUGUCUGUUGUUUUUUUUCUAUAAAACAUGCAUUUUUAGAGGGACUGUAGGGUUAAUUUACAGAACUGUGCUUUAUUGGUUAAAUGUGUUUCUUAUUUUAUCUUCUCAUCAAAAGGUUUUAUUCACAAACAAAAA